GGAAAAAAGGCGAGAGAAAGGAGGGGGAGAGCGAGGGAGCAGCAAAACGCCGAAGCUCUUAAGAGACCGGAUCUCAAACCUGCUUUUCUGCAAAGAUAUAAACAGCAAAGCAGAAAGCAGCCGCUUAGCAAAACCCCCGCUGUUUUUUUUUUCUCUUUCCUUUCCUCCCCUCCCCUUUAAAACAACAGCAACUCCCCCCUCCCCUUUUGCAAUCAGUAAAGCUGCCUUGGGAGAGAGAGAGAAAGAGAGAGAGAAAGAGAGAGAGGGAAAAAAAACACGCACUCACGUACAGCACACAAACUCCGAGGAAGCGAGCAAGCGAGCCACCGACCACUUUUUUUAAAAAACCCAGCUAUCCUCCCUUCCUUUUCCCAUUUUUAUUUUUAAUUUUUUAAUUUUUCUUUUUGCAAACGGUUCGGAGUCGGGGAGCGGGGCGGAAAGAAGCCAGCGAUCCGAUCCGACCCAAAAAAAAAAGCAAUCUGGAAAAGAUUCUGAGCGAGAAUCUCAUCUAAGCCACUCCGGGAAUCGUACUUUUUUUUUUAUUAUUAUUAUUUUAAAAAGGACCACUUCGGGUCGUUCGCUGGGGUUGUCUGUCCCCCUCGCGUUCCCUUCGGCGUACGGUGCAUGCGGAGAAAAAGUGGCUGCAGAAUGACGAAUCGGCCUUUUCAUUGAGAAAAAGAAGAGAGGAAGGAAGGAAAAAAAAGCGACAAGGCGAUCGCGGAGGGGGAGCAAAAUCCUCGCAGGAUCGGGAAAGAAAAGGGCGUGUUGUUUUUUUCUUUCCUUUUUUUUCAAGAAAUCCGUUGAUUGUGGUGCAGCGGCGUGUGGCUGUCUGGCUUACGGCUUGUUAUUUCCCCCCCCCCUCUCUGGAGAAGAGAAGAUUGAAAGCGGAGAGAGAGACUUCCCAAGUUUGCGGUGGAUUUUUUGUUUUCCUCCCUCCCUCGGUCUAAAACGCAAAACAUUUCGAUGCUUUUCGCUUACAACCUGGACUCGAAGAUUUCAGAUGUGUUCUAAGCUUCCUGGAGUGAUAGCUGUUCAGGAUACUGAUGGAGACGAGAGCUCAGAAUGGCAGUGGGUUACAACCCUUGCUUCAAAGCCAGCAUGACACCGGGAGACAAUUUGGAGAUUCUGACCUGAGGGAUGUCUUAGCACAACAAGUUCAUGUUUUGUCCUUGGACCAGAUCAAGGCAAUCCGAAACACGAAUGAAUACACAGAACCUCCUACGGUGGCUCCCCGACCGGGGCUGAAGCCAGCACCACGUCCAGCGGUCCAGCACAAGAGUGAAAGACCCCACGACUUGACGGAGCAACGUCAUCUGAGCAGGCUUCCCCAUCCCCAAGUCCAUGCGUCUUCUCGACUCCCACUCUCCCGUUCCAUCAGCACGGUCAGCAGCACUAGCUCGCGCGGUAGCACGAGGACAAGUACGAGUAGCAAUUCAUCAGAACAGAGACUUCUGGGGUCAUCCUUGGGGACCGUUGUCGAGGGGAUAAUACGAGUACAGCCGAAAUCGGAACUGAAGUCUCGGGAGUUGAAACCCGCCAGCAAAGAAAAUUUGCAUAUGCACGCCUACCGAUGUGAGGACUGCGGGAAAUGUAAGUGUAAGGAAUGCACUUACCCGCGGACUCUUCCGUCCUGUUGGAUCUGUGAUAAGCAAUGUCUUUGCUCAGCCCAGAACAUGGUAGAUUACGGGACCUGUGUCUGCUGUGUGAAGGGUCUUUUCUACCACUGCUCCAACGACGAUGAGGACAACUGUGCCGAUAACCCCUGUUCGUGUAGCCAGGCCCACUGUUGCACUCGGUGGUCCACCAUGGGCGUUGUGUCCCUUGUUCUGCCUUGCUUGUGGUGUUACCUACCAGCCAAGGGUUGCCUUAAAUUGUGCCAGGGCUGUUACGACCAAGUCAACAGACCAGGCUGUCGUUGUAAACAAUCCAACACGGUUUGCUGUAAAGUUCCCAAAGUCCCACCCAGGAAUAUCGACAAGCCAACAUAGCAUCACUAAAUCGGGUAAACAAGGAAUGACGACCGAACAUCAAAAGGGGGCCAACUAAGUGAUCUAUAACUGUGGCACUGGUUCUUGGUGGUGGUUGUGGUGGCGGGGGGGGGGGCAGCAAUGGGAAAAGUGCAACCUCGUGGAGACCCUUCUUAAGAAUCCGCCCAGGGGAAAUCCAGAGUGAGAAUACGCUUGGCAGCACCUAAAGUAUUGCAUAAGCUAAGAGACUCGAGCUACUUCUAAGCAAACUCGCGUGUUGUGCGUUUGUGUGUUUUUUUUUAAAGGAAUUAGUACACUUGUAAAUUAGGAAACUACUUCAACCCACUCCCGGUUAUUUUCUGCCAGAGAUGCGCUAUAUUUUUGUAUAUAGGAUAUUUUCAACUGUGAAAAACACAAGUGUCAUAGAAGCAAAUAUGGCACACAGGUCACAAAAUAUUAUACUAAUGUUGUGCAUUCAAAAGAAUGUGAAUCAAUCCAUAUGGCUUAGAUUGUAUUUUUGUUUUAUUUUUAUUUUUUUGGCCUUAUGAAGCCCUUCAAUGGCAAGACUCUUGAUUCUUUUUUUUCCCCUUCUGGACAAGUUGCAGUAAAAUGGAGUCUUUAUUUUCUAAUUUUUUUUUUUUCAAUAUAUUGUCUAGUGUAAAGAAUAUUUAUUUGAAGUUUUAUUAUUUUAUAAAAAAAAAAAAUAUUUAUUUUAAGAGGCAUCUUACAAAUUUCACCCCUUUUUAUGAGGAUGCCACCAUUGCUGCAAAUUAGGGGUGAGAAAUACAUAUAUUCCCUAUAAAAUAGAAAAUAUAUUAACGUUUGAAAUUAAA